AUGGCUGAACCAGCUCCCGUCGACGGAGAUCGCAAGAGCCUGUACGAGAGCGCUACUCCUGUCACAGAGCUGAGCACUCAGCAGAGCACAGACCAGCAAGGAGAAGAGGGCGCUACAAACCAGAAACUAUGGCAAAGUGUUAAACAGAAUCCCCGCCUGGCCAUCUGUGGCUUUUCGCUAGCUGCCAGUGCGCUUCUUUAUGGUUAUGAAGUGGUCUUCGUCGGUUCUAUCGCCGCUCUUCCAGCCUUCAAGCAAAACUUCGGAACAAAAGACGGCGACGACUACAUCGUCCCGUCCGUUUGGCUAUCGCUAUGGGCAGUAUCUGGCCCUCUCGGAACGGCUAUAGGUUCUCUCCUGGGAGGUUGGGCACAGGACAGGUUUGGACGUCGAUGGACCCUUGGAGUAGCCGCCGUUUGGCAAGCUGCUACUAUUACUAUCUGCUUCUUAUCGGACGAGGCGGAUUCGAUUGAAACUCGUGGAGGUGCCUACUUUGCCGGAAAACUUGCGCAGGGUAUUGGGAUGGGCGGACUCCUGUCGUCUAUGCAGACAUACAUGUCAGAGAUUCUGCCUACUUCCCUUCGUGGUCCCACCCUGUCACUGGGCGCGCCCUUGUUUCUGUUGGGCCAGUUCGUCGGAUCGCUGGUCAUCAAGGCAGGCGUGGAGCUCAAUGCACGAAACUCCUACCGAAUCCCAAUCGCAAUGCAGUGGGUUCUCUCGCUUAUCCCUUUCGCCGUCACGAUCUUCCUCCCCGAAAGCCCCGUGUGGCUCAUGCGCAGGUCGAAAUGGGAGGACGCACAAGCAGCCUGUCGCCGUCUUGGUGGAGCACAGUCUGAUGCUCUAUUCAAUCGGCUGAAGGCUGAGAGCGUACAGCGUGAGUUGGAUAGUAUGGCUGCCAAGGAGAUUUCAUACUUGGACCUGUUUAGGCGUCGCGCCGACCUCAGGAGGAGCGCAAUCAUUGUAUUCGCCAACCUUAUCCCAGAGUUCUUUGGUCUCCCCUUGCUCGGUCACUCCAGUUAUCUUUUGGAAGUCAUAGGUAUGGAUGCUGGCAAAGCAACAACAUACUUUAUUGGCGGUGUUGUUGCUAGCAUUAUCACCAACUUUAUUGCCUUCUGGUUGAUGUCCAGAGUUGGACGACGACCGAUGCUCAUCUAUUCUCUGGCUGUCAUUACUAUCCUGUGGAUAACAAUUGGCAUUGUGGGUUGUUUCAAUUCGUCUGGCGGAGAAAUAUAUACUGCCGUCGGUCUGAUUCUUGUCAUCACUAUCGCUGGUCUCGGCGCCUGGCCCGCAUCCUACGCCAUCGGGGGCGAAACCUCUUCACUGCGCCUCCGUGCCAAGUCUCAGGGGCUUGGAUGGUUUGCAAACUCGGCUGGCAGUGCAGUCUUCUCUGCAUUCCUACCUUACCUAUACAACAGUGAUGCAGCAAACCUGAAAGGAAAGACUGGGUUUUUAUUCUGUGCGCUAUCCGCCAUUGCUUGCGUAUCAGCCUACCUAUUCGUGCCAGACUUGAAGGGCCUGACGCCGGCCCAGGCAGAUGAAAGGUUUGAGUCAGGCCAAUCAGCACGAAACUUCAGGAAGCAGCAAGGAGACGUUGAGGUCACAGGACCGUGA